AUGCAGCUAAUCGACUUUGCCCUCAUCGGCCUUGCCAUCGCAGCCCCAACAACACAUUCCGCAUCCAUCAAAGAAGCCACAACCUGUCCCAGGCUCCAGGGCGGCCAAGUCCUCUCAAACAACAACCAAGCGUACAAGCUCGACUGCGCCAAAUGGGUCGAUGCCGAAGCUGAUGCCGUCCUCCGCAUCGUCACGACCAAGCUCGGCUACAAAGGCUGCCUUACAGCCUGCGACGGCACAAUCGACUGCGCCAUCUCUCAAUACAUCGCAACCGACGAAGCUCAGACAAAGGGCUCUUGCACACUGUUCAAGAAGGGCGUAUCGGUAAAGCAGGGAACCUCCAACUCCUGGACUCUCGCAACGAAGAUCGAGAAGGAGGAAAAGCCAUCACCACGCCCAGCUCCCAAGCCAAAGGAUCAGACCAAGCCAAAGCCCAAGCCAAAUGACCCUCUCGCACGCCCCGGGAAGGACGAUAAAUUCGGCCUGAUCGCAAUCAGUUCCGGAUCCCGAGUCCACAGAACAGGCAUCACAGCCGCCCACGGCAGAAUCUCCAUCGGCGGCAAGCAAGAUGCCUCCUGCGACAAAGACUCCGACUUCGCAACCUUUUACGUCAAGGACAGCAAAGCAUAA